AUGUCGGGAGUGGACGAUAUGGAAAUGACGGUAUUCGAACUUACUCCUGGUGAAGAUGGAGAAAUGAUAAUUGGUCCGUCCAGAUCGAUAAGCGGAGGUAUGCAGGAAAACUUAGGUGAUGUGUUUGAGCGAAUAUAUGAAUCGUUAGGGCUUGAGGUACCCCUGGAAGAUCUCGAAUGGGUAGAGUUUCCUUUUGGAGAACCUAUACCUUCAACGGAUAAAGAAGAAGGAUCAGGUGGUGUACGUGUACCAGCUACAUUGCAUUCUCAUCAGACACCCGAAUCAUUACGUUGGAAAAGUGGAGUUAGGAUCUACUAUAAACGUAAAACAGAUAAGAUAGAUUAUUUCAGAGCACCGAAAGGCAGAUGA